AUGGUGGACCUUUCGUAUGAAUCUCUUCUAGAUGUCUGUGUCUCAGCUGCAAUGACUUCGGUUAGGAAUAUGAAUUAUGAUCAGAUAGGGGAAUUGCUAAAUGAUGAUGGUGAUAAAAAAAUUGAUGAUAUCAUUGAUAACAUAUCACAGGUCCGAACUUUACCUACUGAACGUGAAAUGGGUCUUGUACAGAAUAAAUCACUUGCUGAAUGGAAUUUGUCACAAGAACCUAAGAUUGAAGAAGCUAAAAAGCAAUUACGAACUACUUAUGAAGAAGCCGUCAAGAUUAAGGAGGAAGUGAUGGAGCUUAAAGAAAAACUUAAUUCUUUGUCGGAAGAAAGAUCGUUGGAUACAUCGAGUGCACUUCUACAAGCUGCUGCUCAGUCUGCUGAUGACGAGAGCGAAGCGAUCGCUGAUCGAUAUUUAAGCGGUGAAAUGGAAGUUGAUCAGUUUCUGAAAGAAUUCAUUGAGAAGAAGACUCUUGCUCAUAUGAGAAAAAUCAAAUCCGACAAGCUGUUAGCAAUUAUGCAGCAGCAGCAAUAUCCACAGCAGCCGAGUUCAAAUUUCAAAACAACGACACCAUACCCCACAAAAGGUAGUGGACUGUACGCACAGCUUGUUAAUCUACCAUCAUCCCGUCAGUCAUUCUGGUACUGA